GUUCGAUUUCAGUCAGAUAUAUACACAAUGAAGAUUUUAUGUUAGUUAUUGUUUUGCUUUCCAAAUAUAGUUGUUGAUUCCAUACUUGUGAUUUUUGCACAAAAUUUUUGGUAUAUGUAAGUCCAAACAAAGAUAGUAAGCCGUAAAAUUCUCCAAUAAAUGGAGCCAUGAGUGCCACAUACCAGAAUUAUUUGUACUAUAAGAGAGCCCGACAAGCGUUUUCCUUCAAAGUUUACGCCAUGCUGUUCAUGUGGCUGGCAUUGGCUCUUAUACAGUGGGCAAUGGUGGUCUUCAUAGAAGGAGCGAAGGAUACAUUUGUUGAGAAGUUUUAUAUCAGUCUUCUUGCAUUUGUUGUGGCAAGUUUCAUUUUUGGUUUAUUUAUAUUCGUUGAGAGGCUGCGAUUCAUAAGUCUAGUCAACAUUGCUAUCUGCUUAGUAAUUGUUGAGCUUCAAAUUGUUGCGGUGUUUGCAUUUGCCGCUCGCUCUUUCUGGUUGGAGUUGAUGAAGCGCUGACCUCACCUUAGAUGUAGCCGUAGUUUUCAUUAUGGCUUUUGUUUUUCUGGCAGCUGGAAUAUUCUUUUUGAUG